CGACGCGCGCGCACGCGCACAGACGCGCUGGGUUCGUAAUUGACCGCGCGCCCACGCGAGGACGCCCAGCAGACAAAUGUUUCCGCUCGGCGUCCAUUGCGUCCUCUCCUCUCCUCCUCUCCUCCCCUGCUUCCAUUGUCGGACGCCUGGGAGUCAAGCUUCUAUUAUUUCUUAUUGUGGACAUUUUUGGCGAGUCAGCGUCAUUUAUUGAAUUCCACGCAAAUAUGCGCGCAGAGGACUCCGACUGACACGAACACGCACACCCGUAGGGGACUACAUCGGAGUGGGUUCCCUGAACGCAUCAUUUCCCACCGCGAUGUCCGCCCGGAAGGCAUCGUCCAAGAACGGGAAGUCCAAAUACGUGCUGGAGCGAGGCGCGUCCAUCAACGAGUAUUCCGACGUCGCCUACAAGGUGAUGCUGCUGGGAGACUCGGCCGUGGGGAAGACGUGCAUCUUGCUGCGCUUUAAAGACGGAGCGUUUGUGGGAGGAAACUUUAUCGCCACCGUGGGGAUUGACUUCAGGAACAAGGUGGUGGACGUGGACAACCUGAAAGUCAAGCUGCAGAUCUGGGAUACAGCCGGCCAGGAGAGAUUCCGAAGCGUGACGCACGCCUACUACAGAGACGCACAGGGCUUGGCUCAACGAGAUCCACGACUACACCCAGAAGGAUGUGGUCAUUAUGUUGCUGGGCAACAAGUCGGACAUGGCCGCCGAGAGGGUGGUGAAGACCGAGGACGGGGAGAAGCUGGCCAAGGAAUAUGGUGUUCCCUUCAUGGAGACCAGCGCCAAGACGGGAAUCAACGUGGAGCUGGCAUUUCUGGCUGUCGCCAAGGAACUGAAGCACAGACACAGCCAGCAGCCUCACGAGCCCAAGUUCCAGAUCCAGGACUACAUUCAGUCCCACAAGCACAAGACUGCCUGCUGCAGCCUCGUGUAACCAUACCCGCCGCGUCAGGCCAACACACACACACACACACACACACACACACACACACACACACACACACACACACACACACACACACACACACACACACACACUUACAUACAGACAGGGAUCAAGGCAGACGGGGCCAGGGGGGAUAAAUGUAGCCAAUCCAGGCACUAAUCCUCCGACGUGUGCGUCGUCCUCUUCCCUGAUGAAUCUUGUGUGUGAAAUGUGAUCGCCACUCUGUAGAAAACGUCGUUGUGCUUUUUGUGUUCAAGGGUUUUUACUUUCAAGAGUAUUUUCACCUUCUUCACCUGCGUACGCCAUUUGACAGGUGCGUGACCAUAAACACUGGCUGUGCAAGUGUGUGUGUGUGUGUGUGUGUGUGUGUGUCCUCCAUUCAAACAAGAAUCAAACAGUUUGCUGUCCAAGGAGUGCCACAUUAAAUUGAGGUUUGACUUCACAGGGCCAACAACAACAAUAAUAAAAUGUGAACAUUUUUAUUUAGUGUGAAAUAAAAAUCUGUACAUUUGACAGAAAAAAACUGGCCCUGUGAAUUUGACGCUACUUUUUUUUUUUUUACUACAGCAAGUGACUGUGAAUGGAAAAAGAAGUGGUGUCAAAAAAAUUUAUUUUCAAAUGAAUCGUGAUUUUCGUUUGUAACGAUUAUUAAUCGAUUAAAAAAAAUAAAUUAAAAAAAUUAUUGUUUU